UAAUUAAGUCUCUCCCCCCUGCAUUUUCAAUUAACACUCGUGCUCUGACGAUGAAAGCCUUGAGACAGCCAAAUGCUUGAAGGGAAUUUUUCAGAUAUUUUUAAUCUACACUGAAUUCCUGAAAACAAAUCCCUGGAUUCCUCCGCCACAGGGGGGCAGAUAACUUCCGGAACAUUCACUGUAUGAGAGCUGACGUUAGUUCAUCUGUAUGGUCAAAAUCCUGCUGCUGCACAACGCAGGCGGUGUUGUUGGAUUGACAGCGGGCGAUAAGCAGAGAGGAUGUGGCAGUGAUAAUGCUGCUGCCUGUGCUGGCUGUGCUGAUGGGGCUGUGGGCUGGAGGCCUGGCCGAGGCCCUGCCCAGGCCGGAGGAGGUGGACCCCAGCUCUACUGACAACAAGACCUGGUGCUUCUCCGCCCGCAUCCGCAGCACUGUGCUGCAGGGGCUCCCCUUCGGGGGGGUGCCCACGGUCCUCGCCCUCGACUUCAUGUGCUUCCUGGUUCUACUCUUUGUAUUCUCCAUCUUGCGGAAGCUGGCAUGGGACUACGGUCGGCUGGCCCUGGUCACAGAUGCAGACAGACAGGAUCAACGGUACCGGCGCCUGGACGAGCGGGAAUACGUGGCGUCCGCCAUGCAGUCGCAGACGCCCGACCGCUACGAGCGCCUCACCUCCAUCUCCAGCUCCGUCGACUACGACCAGAGAGACAACGGCUUCUGCUCCUGGUUAACAGCCAUCUUCAGGAUAAAGGACGACGAGAUCCGGGAGAAGUGUGGCGAGGACGCCGUGCACUACCUGUCCUUCCAGCGCCACAUCAUCGGCCUGCUGGUGGUGGUGGGCGUGCUGUCCGUGGGCAUCGUGCUGCCUGUCAACUUCUCAGGAAACCUGCUGGAGGGCAAUGCAUACAGUUUCGGGAGAACCACUAUAGCCAACCUGAAGUCGGGGGAUAGCCUGUUAUGGCUGCAUACUACCUUUGCGUUCCUGUACCUGUUGCUGACCGUCUACAGCAUGAGGCGUCACACAUCCAAAAUGCACUACAAAGAAGAUGACCUGGUGAAGCGCACUUUAUUUAUCAAUGGGAUUUCGAAGUAUGCUGAGGAGAAGCACAUAAAGAAUCACUUUGAGCAGGCCUAUGAGAACAUUGUGGUGUUGGAAGCUCGUAUUUGUUACGAUGUGGCCAAGCUGAUGUACCUGGACUCUGAAAGGAAGAAGACGGAGCGCAGUAAGAAGUUCUUCACGGACCUGGAGGCCAAAGAGCACGUCCACACCAUGAUCAACCCCAAGCCCUGCGGACACCUGUGCUGCUGCGUCAUCAAGGGCUGCGAGCAGGAGGAGGCCAUCGAGUACUACACCAAGCUGGAGUGCAAGCUGAGAGAGGAAUACAAGAAGGAGCGGGAGAAGGUCAACACCAAGCCGCUGGGCAUGGCCUUUGUCACCUUCCAGAACGAAGCCAUGACCGCCAUGAUCCUGAAGGACUUCAACGCGUGCCAGUGCCAGGGUGGUUGCCGAUGCCGACGGCAGCCCAAAUCCUCCCAGUUCAGCACUAGCCUGCACACCUACGACUGGACCGUGACCUACGCCCCCGACCCCCAAAAUGUCUACUGGGAGCACUUGUCUCUGGGCGGCUUCUCCUGGUGGGUCCGCUGUCUGAUCAUCAACUGCUUCCUCUUCCUCCUCCUCUUCUUCCUCACCACGCCCGCCAUCAUCAUCUCCACCAUGGACAAGUUCAACGUCACCAAACCCGUCGAGUACCUGAAUAAUCCCAUCGUCACCCAGUUCUUCCCCACCCUGCUGCUGUGGAGUUUCUCCUCCCUCCUCCCCACCAUCGUCUACUACUCCGCCUUCUUUGAGGCCCACUGGACACGGUCUGGGGAGAACAGGACCACCAUGCACAAGUGCUACACCUUCCUCAUCUUCAUGGUCUUACUACUGCCAUCUCUUGGACUAACCAGUUUGGAUCUUUUCUUUCGCUGGCUAUUUGACACAAAAUUUCUGGACAAUGCGGCUGUCAGAUUUGAGUGUGUGUUCUUGCCAGACAACGGGGCAUUCUUCGUGAACUACGUGAUCGCGUCUGCGUUCAUCGGUAACGCCAUGGACCUGCUGCGUAUCCCCGGCCUGCUCAUGUACAUGAUCCGGCUCUGCCUCGCACGCUCGGCCGCCGAGCGGAGGAACGUCAAGAGGCACCAGGCCUAUGAGUUCCAGUUCGGGGCAGCGUACGCCUGGCUGAUGAACGUCUUCACCGUGGUGAUGACCUACAGCAUCACCUGCCCCAUCAUCGUCCCCUUCGGCCUGAUGUACAUGCUGCUGAAGCACCUGGUGGACAGGUACAACAUGUACUACGCCUACCUGCCCUCCAAACUGGACAAGAAGAUCCACUCGGGUGCAGUGAACCAGGUGGUGGCUGCGCCCAUCCUCUGCCUCUUCUGGCUCCUCUUCUUCUCCGUCGUGCGCAUAGGUUUUCGGGCCCCCACCUCGAUGUUCACCUUCAUCGUCUUGAUCAUCACCAUCAUCGUUUGCCUCUCCCAUGUCGCCUUCGGCCAUUUUAAAUACCUCAGUGCUCAUAACUACAAGAUUGAUGCCAGGUCAGAUGUAGACGGAGUGGAGAACGGUCGUCCACCAAAUGCCUCGGCGCCCUCCAAGGCCACGUACGUUGCCCAAGUGCUGCAGGAGAUGAACAUGGACGACUUGGGCUCCGGCGGCAGCGACGAUGACGGCCAGGGGUCCUCGCAGGACGAGGACAUGAUCAACCCCGUGGUCAACGAGGGCGACUUCCAGUCCGGGGAAGAUCGCCUUAUCGCCAACGAGGUCCAUCAGUAACCCCUCACGGGUAUGGGGGGGGGGCGUGAGCAGGGUCGGGGUAGGGGACAAGCCCCCCCACUGAACUCUGCCAGUGACGACAACAAAGACAACAACAACAACAACAACAACAACAAAACGACAACAAAACAAAACACUAACCAGGAGGCGAAAGCAGCUCCUGGAUGCCCGCCCCAUGCGCCCUCCUACAGCAGCCUGUGCUGGCGUGUCAGGGGUCAAGGGUCAAGGGUGAAGGGUCAUUGAUCAGGGCCGCUCUUUCCUCCAGCCUCUCCGCACCCCCUCCUCGUCUGAUGGGCAGCACUCCAGGGAGGUGCACUGACUGACGUUCUAGCAUUUCCUUUUCUACUUGAGUUAGCUAAAAAGCCCAUUCACUCACAUGUUAUAUUCUAUCCACUGACAAGCACUCACCUCUCCCUCCCCCACCCCAUCAUGUACGUGUGUGUGUGUGUGUGUGUGUGCGUGCGUGCACACAUAUACACCAACAGCAGGAUAUAGUGGCUGGGAACGUUUGGGGCCAUGAUGACAGAUCGACUGUGUUUGAGGUCCCUUCUGUGGAUCCCCAGGCUGAGAUGAGACUUAAAAAAAAAAAAGAAAAAGAAAAAAGAAAAUCCAACACCUCAGGAGUUUUUCUCCCAUGGUUGUCAUCGACUCUAAACUGCUAAUAUUCUCACACUCUCUUGUUCAUUCAUCCCUCCAAACUCCCUGAGAGAAAACCACACUACAUUGUUAUAUCCUUUUGUUAUUUUUAAUCAUUGGUCAAUAAUGUUCCUUUCUGAUUUCUUCUUUUUUUUUUUUUUUUUUUAGAAUUCAUCCUUGAGUUGGAUCUUGUUGAUGUGUAACGUGUUGUCAUUAUGUUAACUAGUCUAUAUCUUGGUUUUGUCCACUUCUGUUAAGACUUCAGAAAAAAAUUGACACUCUACAGAGCACCUGGAUGGAGAUCUAGCUGUAAAAAAGUUCUGUUGCCGUGGUUGUCAGAACCUUUGUCUCGUAGUAACAAAACUACUAAAACUGCUGAUGGGGUCUAAUGACUGCUUUUGGCGCACAGAGCAUGGGUCAAGUUCUCAUACCUCCAACUUUGCUUAGCCUAUGGAGUAGGGUUAUCUUUUAGAGUUGGCCAGCUUCUGUGAAAGACUUGGGUGUCCGUCACGCCCGCAUUUACUCUUAUAUGGACUUCCUUCGGGGCGGAAAUGUUUGCGCGGUUUGCUUUGGCAUUCACACGGUCAACACUCCAAGACUCCCAAUGUCGUUCCUAUCCACAUCCAUCAAAUUCAGUCAGGUUAGCUCGUGCUCAAAAGUGGAAUGAAUGUGAGACCAGUGCAUGCCGUCUGCGGAAAAGUUCCUCACGUUUUGAGCCGCUUUCGAUUUCCGUGAGGAGUUGGAAUGUAACUGAUUAGAGUUUGAGCUCGUUCGACAUGACGUCUUCUGACAAAUGAUAUCAACAUGCACAGCUAAUGUAGGACUUCCUUUUUUUCCCCUCACAGACACUAAUGAAUUUUUUUUAACAAAUCAUGAUUUCACUAAUAAGCUUUCCUGACCACUGUGGUUUUUAAACAUUGCCUAAUCUAGACCGUUAGUUACUAAAUCUACAAAUGUCCCAUGUGUUGGCCUUAUUAAUCAAGAUUAUUUGGAUAUACACAUUCCCUCUGUAAUUAAGUCAUUAAGUAUAAGGUAUAAUUACAACAUUAUAUUCAUGACUAUUACCCAGAUCUUCCGGAGGGUUUUGACAAACCUUCAAAAGGAUCAAUUUCACUAGCAAUACAGUUUCCCUGCUGAUGUGGAACUUUAGCAAUACGUAGGCUUCCGACUCUGAAGCUAGCCGUUUUGAAAAGCUAUAGAAAAGAUUGGAUCAUGCCUAUGAUGUGCUGCAGAACCUUGCUGCCGUUGGCCCGUGUUUGCCUCCAUUGAUUUGAGGUCAUUCAUGUACACUACAAGUGAGAUCAGGAGGUGUGAUUGUGCUCACGAUUUCCCCAAGUCAUUUGUUUCAAACCCCCCCACAAAAAACCUCAGUGAGUUCACUGAGGGUUAUUUUGUUUUGUUUUGUUUUGUUUUUUCCCCCCUUCUUAUUGUAAUUAUUUCCCUCAAGCCAUUUACACAAUAAUUCUGUAUUGUCUCAUCUUUUGGGAAUGUUUGCUUGUGGCCUAAUUAGUUAUGACCUUCAUUAGGAGGUUGGAUGCUCUAGUAACUAGUGAGAUUACUCAAUGUAGCCAGGUGAUGUGCAAGAUGAAUGUAUGAAUGCACUGAUGCCAUUCUCUAAGAAUAGAAUUGUUCCCCGCUGCAUAUUGUAUUCGACUGUACAUGAACAUGGACAUCUUGAUAGUUUUAAUAAUUUAUUAACAUCUCAGCAGUGGCAAAUAGUGUUACAAAUUAGGAAUAAUCUAUUCCAUAUUUAUUGCUCUCUAUUUUUGUUUGUUUGUUUGUUUGUUUGUUUGUUUUAUCAUGAAGGCAGAUUUGCCCGGGAUUGGCCUGUGGUCAAUGGAGCUGUUAAAUUUGUGAAAUAUAUUUGUGUACAUAGAUUAACUGCACUGCUCUUCAACACUAUGCUUUGGUAUUUAUGACUACGUUUGUACAGUUGUAAGCAGUUUAAAAAAAGAAAAGGUAUGUACAGUCACAGUCAUGUUUCCUGGUUUUACUCUGCUCUCUGCGAUCACAAACUGUUUCUUUUCCACUCUCCAUAUGAAAUGUGUCACUGGAGGCAAUUUUUUCAUAUUUAGGGGAUUCCCCUGUUUUUAAUAAUUUUGUAAAUUAACUCCGUUUUCUCUCUCUCUUUCUCUCUCUCUCUCUCUCAAAAAAAAAGAAGACUGUAUAUUUGACAGAAUCCACUGUCAACCCCUUCCAAGUCUUUGAACAAUAAAAUGGCAUUUACUAAUGAACUGA